UUUGAAGCUGUAUUAUUUAUCAGUCACAGAGGGUUUAUAGAGAGAGAGAGAGAAAGAGAGAGAGAUGGCGGAUCACGAGGAAUCGAAGGUGGAGCCGAUCGUGGAGAAGAUAAGCGAGAAGCGCCACGACGCGUCGUCGUCGUCAUCGGACUCCGAUGACGACAAGAAACCGGCUUCUGUGCCGUCGCAGCCGCAGUCGUCGUCGUCGCUCAAGGAGAAGGUUUACCGGCUCUUCGGCAGGGAGAAGCCCGUUCACAAGGUCCUCGGCGGUGGCAAACCUGCUGAUGUGUUUCUAUGGAGGAACAAGAAGAUAUCUGCUGGAUUCCUAAGUGGGGCCACAGCGAUAUGGGUUCUGUUUGAGUUGCUUGAAUACCAUCUAUUAACUUUAGUUUGCCAUGGCUUGAUUAUCACUCUGGUUGUAUCGUUCUUGUGGUCCAAUGCUAGCACCUUCGUCAACAAGUCUCCACCCCGAAUUCCAGAAGUGCAUAUUCCAGAGGAACCAGUUCUGCAGUUUGCCUCUGCCCUUAGGCUUGAAAUCAACCGGGCUUUUAAGGUUCUAAGGGACAUUGCUUUAGGAAGAGAUCUCAAGACGUUCCUUUCUGUGAUUGCUCUCUUGUGGAUCUUGUCAGUUGUGGGAAGCUGUUGCGACUCCUUGACUUUGUUUUACAUAGCAAUUGUCUUGCUUCACACGGUGCCUGUGCUGUAUGAGAAGUAUGAGGAUCAGGUGGAUGCUUUUGCAGAGAAAGUAAUGAUCGAGAUCAAGAAGCAAUAUGCGGUCUUUGAUGCCAAGGUUUUGAGUAAGAUCCCAAGAGGACCCAUGAAAGCAAAGAAGAAUUAAGCAGUCCGGUGGCUGAGCAGAAGACGUACCUUGUCAAGAUUAUGUGAAUUUUUAACCAUCGUUGGCUAUGGCCCUGUGUUUUAAUGCUCAAUUAAGGAUUAGAGUUCACAAUCUGGAUCAGAUCCCAUUCCCUAGGGCAAUGGGUAGGAGUGUCUGGGUUUCUGCUUUGAGUGGUCAGGUGACUUAGUUUAUGUUGCGUUGCUUGUCAAAAAACUGGUUCCUUACACUUCGGGGUUUAAUAGUGUUUGGUCUCUUUUCAUGUUUUAGAUGGUGCAGUUUCUUUGCACAUAACAGAUCUGAUGAUUCUCACCUGAAGGUGCUUAAUGUUUAUUAAUAGUUAACCAUUUACAAGAGUUGCUUUGGUUGAAA